CUCUCUCUUUCGCUCUCUCUCUCUCUGAGAUUUCGAUCGCCGUCAUUUUUGGCCGUCAUAGCCGUAACCGUCGCCGUCAAAUGGCGACGGGGUGGCUGAAGUCCCUGCACUGCAAGUCUAAAGCGGUGGAAGACGUGUACCCACUGGCGCCGUCAGCAUCAUCUUCUUCGUCUACUAAGAAGCCGCUGCUCUCUUCCGUCGUCUGCGGUAAUACCUAUCACGCCGUGGAGGACGUCGUCUUCCUUUUACUUAAACACCCGUCGUUCCGAUCCACCGCCUCCUCCGUCCCCAAGAGACCCCGGCAAAGAACGAGGCCAAAGUCCAGGCACAUACCAAGGCCAGCACGCCCGUGCGCUUCGGCGGCGUCGGCGUCGAUGCCGGAUGGGCUCGUAGGACCCGUCCAUGCGGAUCCCUUCCGGACUCUGGUGGAGCUGCCGAUGGGCCACUCCUCGCGGCGGGUGGUGGAGAUCAUCUUCAGCUCGACCUGGUCCUCCUCGGGGGGAGGCGGAGGCGGCGCCGUCGCAGCGGAGAUCGAGAUGCUGUUCCGGGUCCACAACCCGGCCCGGACAGUGGCGCGGUUCGAGGAGCACCGGGCGACGGUCCGCGCCCGGGCCGCCCGCUCCAACGACGCGCGCUGCGCUGCCGACGGGAACGAGAUGAUGCGGUUCCAGUGCGGGGCCGCCGGGGGCUUGGUCUACGACGCCGGGGUGGCGCGCAGCGUAGUGUGGUCGGCGGGGAUGAAGGUGGAGGGGGUCCGGACCUUCGCGGGCAGCGGCGGCGCGCACGCCAGCGGAGGCGGCGGGGCCGGGCGGAAGUCGAUGCUGGUGUGCCGGGUCAUCGCGGGCCGGGUCAGGGGCGAGUCGGACCACGAGGCGGAGGCCGAGUCGGUGAGCUUGGGGAACGGGGAGCUCGUGGUAUUCGAUCCCGGGGCGGUGCUCCCCUGCUUCCUAGUCAUCUACAACCUAUAAGUCUCCCUCCUCAGUACUCUCGCUCGUGGCACGCUCUGACUCGGCGUGCCAGCAGCUACCGUUAGACCAUGUUUCGUGGUGUACAAUUUUCUCUUUUUUAUUUUCUUUUUAUGUUUUGUCUGUUUGUUCUGAAGUGUGCGUUGAGUGUGACUCGUAUAAUUGUCUCGUGUUGUGAGUGACUUGUCGUCUUCUUCUUGUUGGUAUAUUUGUUUGGUGUGAAGCAGAACA